AUUUGUUUGGUAUUCAACGCAUAAGUUACAACUUGUUGAUGUCAGCUGCCUUGUGACUCACUAUAUUAUUACUUAUGGGAAAAAAUGUUUAGUACUCAUUUUUGGUACUACUCCUGCCUCCCAGAAUCAAGGUACCACUGUAUCUUGUGUAUAGUUGCAUUUCAUUAACAAAAUAGUGCACACAAGGUUAGUGCUUUGUUUGUCAAAGGCCUUUAAUAUAAGAUUGAUAAGCAAUAUUCUGUUUUUCUCAUCCUGUGUUUCUUGUUUGUUACAUUUAUAUACAUACAUUUAUUGUGUAUCAUUAUUAGCCAACAUGAUAAUUUUUGUUGAAGUAUAACAUUUAUUAUUUAUGCUGGCUCAUUCUUUUGCAUACCAGGCCUGUCUUAAUUUUUUGAAACAUUCAUUUUAUGUGAACUAUAAUUGUGUUUUGGUGCAUUUAAAUCAAAAUAUUUAUCAUAGUUUAUUUAAAACAGAAAGAUACAGCAAUUGCAAAUCUUCAAGAGCAAAUGAACAGUGUUAAGGAGAAGUUGAUGAAACUGGUGGCUAUAGAGGAUAACCACAGUGUUGCUGGUUCUCCAUUACUUUCAACCUCCUUUUUAUUGCCUUCUCACUCGACAGCUAAUUUUUCUUCAAUGGCAACAGAAAAUCUACCCUUUUCACUUAGCCAGGAGCUGAAACCAUGGCAGAAUUCUAAGCUCUCAAAUUCACAAUAUGUAGCAGGAUUAGUUACUGAAAAAAGGUCUAUGGAUGACUCAGAACAUACAGUUCAAGAUAACAUAUCAUUAGACAUUACUGCUAAGCGCAAACUAGUGAAUAAGAAGCAUUCAGGUGCUAAGUAUAAUGAAGAGCAUUGGUUUUCCCAAUCCAGCACUUUAGAUACUAGAGAGAGGCUACAUGAACACAGUUUCAGCACAUUGAGCAAAGGAGCAAGGCAACCACAUUUUUCAGCACUGAAGCAAAAGCAAAGCCCCGAAGUAAGUUCUGCGAGCAAAACAAAAUUUCAAGAAAACUUGCAGGAUCUGAGUGUGAAUCACAUUACUACAAUGCAGCCAUCUUCCAGGGGACCCAAGUACAAUUAUGAAAGGAGAAUGAGGUUGCAACCAAAGGAGAUUCAGAAGAAAGUCCCCUUCAACUUUUCUGGUUCCAUGGCCUCCAGUAUUCAGUGUGUUGUGAAUAAAUCAGCCAACAGAAUGCAAAGAAUGAGCAGAUUAAUAGAAUAUCCUUGGUUAGCACCAAGAAGCACCAUGGAUGGAGAUUAUUUGCAUCAGCCUCCACCUUUGCAAUCAUUGGUGCUCAAGAACCCACUUGAAACUAAGCCUGACAGUGGGUUUCAAUCAUUAUACAAUCAAGGCUCUGGCUUGCUGCUAGGCAAUCAUCCGGUAGGGAACUGUGCAUCUACAUUUUAUCCCACAAACUUGAGGAAUGUUCAUUAUCCGCAGAAAGAUUUUCUGACAAGAGCUAUUCCAGGCCUGCCUCCCUUCCAGCAUUUUUACUUUGAUUCUGGCAGCAGUUCUUCCGAGGAGAGAACCUAUUGCCAUCAAACACAGGCUUGUGGAGUUUGCCAUUGCAGUCUCUCUUCUUCUUCUAGUGACAGCUGCAUGAUUGACACAGAUCCUGAAUAUAGUAUGUUAGAUUAUACAAAACUUUACAGCAAAACUAAACAAAUUGUGAAUUUCAAUGAAGAUUUGGAAUCCACUUAUGUAUAAAAAUAAAAUUUGAAUUUACCAUACAUUUCUGUUUUUGGAGUAAAUGAGAAUAUCCUCAAAAGCAUGGCUUCUCGUGUAAAUUGCUUGAGCCUAUAAAAAUUAGUCACAUAGAAGCUCAGUUAACAUCUAAAGAAUUAUACCAAUUUCAAUUGAUUUGUUAGACCUCUUCUAAAAAGUCCAGUAUCCAUCUAGCCACUCAUUCGUUUAUUGCUUUUUUGUAAUGCUUGUGCAAAAGGAAGAAAAGAUGUUAAUUACCAGAAAUCAGCAUGGUUUAUCAAGAACUCUUUCCUGACUAGUUAAGAGACAAGUAUCAAAUGAGUGUCCAUAAGGAAUAUUUUUAGAUCUACUUUUCAGUCUUUUGAUUAAAGAUUUGGAUGAAGGGGCAGAAUUAUUAUUAAAGUUGCAGAUACAAAAUUGAAAGGGAGAAUCAGUACCAUGGAAGACUGAAAUACAAUUCAAAAUUACCAGAUUUGAGAAAUACAUUGAAAGCAUCAAAAUGAAAUUUAACACAGGGAAGUGCAGUGUUCCUUACUUAGGAAACAAAAAUUUACGGACAGGUAAGGAAUAUAUAGUUUCAUUGUGAAAAGUAUCUUGGAGUAGUAACGUCUUGUAAGCUGAAGAUGAGUCAUCAGUGUGAUAUGGCUAUAUAAAAUAAUUACAGGCUGAAGUCUAUAUUUAGCACUAUGGAAGACUGAUGUGGAGAUAGUGACGUGGUCCCUUUUUUCUCUACACACGUAUAACAUAUCUAUGUAGAAGGGAUUACUCAGCCAGUUGAGACCAUUUCUUUGCCAUUAUUUUUUUACUUAGCAAGCUUUCCAAGUUGCGUUACAGAAUUAUAAAUUCUCUUACAUUUUUAGCUGUGUUGCUACUCGAACAAUUGAUAGUAAGAGUUCUCUAAUCUCACAUCUGCAUAACGGGAAAUAAUGAUGCAUCUACAUAUAUGUUUGGCAAAAAAUUAGUUAUGUGGGUACACAAGUUAAUUGGGAUACAUAAUCACACUAUCUCUAGGUGUUCUCUGCUAGGAAUCCUGUAUCCUUGGCAAUGGGUCAACUAUAUGAAUGAUGACCAAUGAGGUCAAAAGCCCCCAGAAGCUGAAUCUUGGCCUAGCCCUAAUGACCGAGAAAGAAAAGUAUUGUGCAUCUGCUAGCUCAAGGGAGUCCAUCCUCUGCUGUUUCUUUGGAGUUCCCACCAAGCUGAAGGAACAUGGAUUGAUAUAUUCAUUAGAUUUUUUUAAAAUUAUUUUUUAUUACAUAAUUCAAGGCAGCAAACAUUCUAUUUUCCUCACAACAAUCUUGUGACAUAGAUUGAGCUGAGGAAGAGUGACUGAUGCAGUCACCCAGCUGACUUUUCAUAUUAAGGUGGGAUUAGAAUUUAAGUAUUCUGGUUGCUACAUUAGCACCUUAACUACUACAUUUCCUUCAUAAUUGUAUUGUUUAUUUUUGUGUUUAACAAAAAUAAACUAUCCAUUUGAUAGAAAAUUUCUUUUGUUUAAAGGCAGUUUUUGCAUCUCAGAAAUACAAAUUGCUUGACUAUGAACUAGUAGAUGAUUUUCUCAAUGGGAAAUGCUCCAGUCAUAUGAAAAGCUUUUACAGAAUCAGUACUGCCACUAAAAGGUUUUAAAAUCAGGUGAAACUCACUUAACUAACUUACUUAACAAUAGAAAUUCUGAUCCCCAUUUUAGUUAUAAGUUGAGAAUUACCUGCAUGUGAAAAAAAUGCAUGUGAAGAAUUAAGCCUAGUACCGUUAUUUAAAAAUUACCUGAGAUAAACUAAAUUCAAAUCUAUGUUAACAGUGCUAAAUUUAUUUCCUUCAAAAUGAGAUCUGUGCAUGGAAGGUUACACUGUUACCUUCCAAGUUUCCUUGCACCACUUUUUAUACUUAUAAAUCUAUUGUCCACUGGGCCAAUACAGCAGAAGCAUUUUCUUUAUCCAAAAGUAUUACUUAAUGUUUUCUAUAACAUUCAGAGUUGGUUGAACUGAUAUUCUCAGAGCUUCCGUCAUUUCCAUUCACAGGUUCUCAUUUGAUUCAGUCACUCUCCCACAGUGUAUCA